AUGACACGUUGCCAUUACUGGGCCAUUAACCUGUUGGUAGUUUUUAGUAUAUAUUUGGGAGCCACUGCCUUGAGGGUGGAUGCGCGAAAUCGUCGUUUAAAGAAACCACCCAAAUGGUUUGAUAUUCUAGUUGUAAUUGGAGAUUUAACAUUUAUGGCUUGCGUUCCAUUUGCGGUACUUAGAAACAUGAGCCAUGGUCAACUCUAUCUGAAGAACCCUGUGGCAAAAUAUGCCAAUUAUGCCACAAUUCUGGCCAGAUUCAUAUUAAUAGCCCUCUUUGCCUUGUCUCGCAAACGCAGAGAUGAUCAAUUGUCCAAAUGGCUGGAAGCAAUGUUUGAUAUGCAAAAAUUCUACUUUGAUCGCUUCAAGGAUAUACCAAAGGAUACCACUCAUCGCAAAUGGCUGUAUUUGAAUGGAGUGUUUACAGGCGUUCACCUAACGGCAGUUGUGAAUGACAUAUUUUCAGCUUUCGCCAGAGGUCAAGCAUCGGUGGCCAUAGAUCUGUACCCCUUGUGUGGCAUGCUGGGCAUACAGCACUUGUUUAUGCUGCAGCAUGCCAUACUGCUGUGCCAUUUGCGAGAAUGUCUCUCGAUGUUGAAUAAUCAGUUGCUGCUGAAAUGUAUGGAUCCAAAACUGGGUUUGAUUUAUUCGCAAACCAUUGUGCAGCUGCAAGAACUGAAUCGUAUCUAUAGUCCUGUCAACCUUUGGAUACUGGUGUGCUUAAUAAUCUCCAACUCAAUGGCCGGCUUCAUAGGCAUGUUAAAAGUAAUGCUGCCGCAAACCUUUAACUCCAACAGUUAUAUCUACCUAUUUGGUAACAUUUUCUAUUUCACGCUAUUGCUGCAUAUGUAUUUGUAUUUCGCUAUAUGUGAUUGGGUGCUGGUAACUGCCAAAGAAACGGAAAUUGUGCUUUUGGACUAUGCCAGCAUUAGGUCAAUGAGUCGAUCCAACGAGGAAGAGAUUGAAAAACUGGCAUUGUGCCGCCGGCUAAUGAGGCAUGAUAUAAAUAUUUGUGGCAUGCUAAACCUUAAUUUAAACACUUUAUUCUCCAUUGUGGCCCAAACAACAUUGUACAUAAUCAUAAUGAUACAAAUUGAUUACGAAUAUCUUAAUAUAUAA